CCGAUUCCAAACUCGCCCGUUGAAGCUGCGCGAGCUCCAUGGGCAACCCCACAAGAAAACCGGGUCUUGACUCGAGAUCUCGAGAUGUCGUCUUGCACAUGGCAUCAUCAUCUCGACAUGCUGAGGGGCACACGUUCACACGGUGGCAGGACCUCAGAACGGCCAUGUCGCGGAACGCAGCGCGGAACGCAGCAUUCGCGAACUUUCGCUCUCAAGCUUAGAAGCGACGAAGCAAGUCAAGGGACAUGCGAGAGCCUCAACGACUAUAUAACAGUCCGAGGCGCAACCUGAUGUGCAGCUUUAGUUUAGGACAACACACAGCACACUUUCAACUCUUCUCUCAAAGCUCUCCUACGAAACUUUCCCAACAAUAUCCAAAAUCUUGACCCCCGAAGAUCCGCCAAGAUGCUCGGAAAGAUCGCACUCGAAGAGGCCUACGAGAUGGCCGGUAUGGAGGCCAAGUCUCAGCGUGAAGCGGCCUUGUAUAUUGCGAAGGACGACCGCACUCGUUACAUGAGGCAAAUCAGCGAUAUCAACGACGAGCGUGUUAAGCUCGCUGACGACCACGGUAUCGGUUAUACGAUCGUGUCUCUCACCGUACCUGGCAUCCAGGGCAUCUGGGACAAGGCCGAGGCCGAGCGCCGCGCAACAGAGGUCAACAACUGGGUGGCCGAACAGAUCAAGUCCAAGCCCGACAAGCUAGGUGCCUUUGCCUGCCUGUCGAUGCACGACCCCGUGCAGGCCGGCAAGGAACUCACGCGCUGCGUGAAGGAGCUCGGCUUCCACGGCGCCCUGCUCUGCGAUUUCCAGCACGCUGGCAAGAACGGCGAGGAGUACCUCUUCUACGACCAGCCUCAGUAUGACGCCUUCUGGGAGGUCCUCACCGAACUUGACGUACCCUUGUACAUCCACCCCGCCGCGCCCGCGGAUGUCGUCUUCGACAAGCUCUACGCGCAGCGCAAGUCGCUCAUCGGCCCUCCCCUGUCCUUCGCCAAUGCUGUCAACUUGCACCUGAUGGGUCUCAUCGUCAACGGCGUCUUCGACCGCCACCCCAAGGCCAAGGUCAUCGUGGGCCACCUUGGCGAGCACCUCCCCUUCGACUUCUGGCGCAUCAACCACUGGCUCGAGGAUGUCAAGCGGCCCAUCGCAGAGGAGGAGGGCAAUAGCCGGUACUGCAAGAAGACCAUCUAUGACUACUUCAAGCAGAACAUCUGGGUGACCACCUCGGGCCACUUCUCCACCCACACGCUCAAGUAUGUGGUGGACGAGAUCGGAGCCGACCGCGUCCUGUUCAGCGUCGACUACCCCUACGAGACUAUCGAGAACUGCUCUGCUUGGUGGGAUGGAAAGGCUGAGGAGGUCAAGGCUGCUGUUGGUGGUGUGGAGAACUAUAAGAAGAUUGGCAGGGACAACGCCAAGGCACUCCUAAAGCUGGGCAACUUCCACGACUCUGAGGCCCCAGUGUCCUAAACUACUGCGCUUGAUGGCACAGCAUGUAUUUGAUUUCAUAGCAGCGAAAUUGCAUUUCUUUUGAUUUAACAAA